AUGAAUUGCACUUGUGUGAUGCUAUUUCUCAUAGGUAAGCGAUAUUUAAUUUUUAUAAUAGAAAAUAUUUUUACUAUAUAUUGAAAUACAUGAAAUAGCUAUUGUGUCAGAAGAUUUUGAGAGAAAUUCGAAAUAGAUCGAAUUAGAAACUGUAGUACAAUCUUCACUUGAAGGAGGAGACAUUAUUAAAGAAUGCAUCACUUAAAAGUCUUUAUAACGUUGCGCUGCAUAUAUUGCUGUGCUUUUCAGUAAAAGACAGAAAAUAAAAAAAUUGCGAUCGAUUUUUUAAAUAUUUUUUGUAAUUAACAUAAACCAGAAAGAGAAAGAAGUUCUAAUCGAAGUAUGCAUAAGCUUGCGUUCUAUAUAAAUGCAGUAACUUGUAAUUACUUGUUUAAAAUUCAUCGAUGAACGAUACGCGCUAGUCAUAACAUACAUAAAUCCAUCAUUCUCUUUAUACAUUUUUGAAUGAAUAAUUCUAUAAUAGUAUUUUAAAUAACACUAACUGGUUUUUAGCAAAUUCUUUUAAUUCAAAUAAAAUAAAUAAGAAAUAAAUACAUAUAUUUUUUGUAAUAUAGUAUGCACGUCAUGGGUCUUUGGAGAAACCUUAUCUUGCGAACAAUGUGGCAAAGAAUGCGCCGAGAAAUGCGGAACACGACAAUUUCGUGCUUGUUGCUUCAAUAAUAUGAAGAAAAGACAAUUAUUCACUCGUGAAUUAGUUUUAAUACCUCCUAUAUCAUUAUUAGAAGUAACAGUUGCAAUCUCAUUUGGAAUUGAAAUAUUUUUAUUUCCCAACCAAGAAACUGGAUUUUCAGAUCUUGUUUCUUUAUUGUUAUUUUUUAUAUUAGAAACUAAAUCUUCAUCUGAAUCGUAAGGAGUAA